UCUGGGGGCCACUUAGCUGUUCCAGCUGCUCAGUGCUUCUGUUCUUGGAGCUCUGAUUAUUAUUAGCUCUAGCAGACAAUUCAGCCUGCCAAUUCAGCAGGCCUCAGUGUUACUCAAAAAGAAAGACCACAGGCAUGGUUCGGUGACAGAGGCACUUUACCAGAUUUAAUAUCUUCAAGCACAGUACUAGCAUCUCAUAGAAGCUAUGGGUACACUAACACGAGUGCCCAGUGGCAAAGAAUGGCUCAGUCAGCAGCAGGAAUUUCUUCUUUGAGUGCUUGCUCAUAUCAAUUCGAAUUAGGUGUGCACGCACUGCAUGCACGAUCGUCAGAAGAUUUUUACCCUAGCAACACUCGAUGGGUCAGCUGAGGUGCCCCCUGGAGUGGCGCCCUUAUGGCGCCGGAUAUAUGGCCCUGCCGACCCAGCGCCCCCUCAGUUUCUUCUUACCGCCCGCGACGGUCGUUGAAACUGAUCUCCACUUCCCUAGCUCUUUACUCGUUAUACUGUAGAUAGUUGUUUAGUGUAGUUAACUACAUUAUAACUGUUAAAACUAUUAAUAGUAAGUUUCAUACUGUGACAAAGCUCCAAGUCUGUAUUGGUGGGUCCCGCGCUUCCUGGCAGAUUCAGUAGCCUCAAAAGCUCGCUAAGGCCCUCAAUAUGACCUCCCUUUCCCAGUAUUUUGGCAAAGGUUACAGUUUUUAUUGAGCUAUUUUCAUCACAGGCCAGUAUGGGAGGUGGGAAGGUGGAAUACCCACAGUCUCUGUUGCUCCUUAGAGCGCCAUAGGCACUGUUUGUUUCUCCUCCCCUCCCCUCCUUAGAGCGCCUAGACCAAAGUCUGUUUCCCCUCUCAAAGAGACCUUUGUAGAUCAUGCGGGGAGGAAGGGGGGACCCCGGGCCCACUCUCUACUCCGGGUUCCAGCCCAGGGACCCUAAUGGUAGCAGCUGUUAGCGGCUUCCCUCCUCCACGGACGCUGCUUUGAUUCCCUGAGCUACUUCCCUGUGCUCCCCUUUUCCAAGCUUCACCCUUGCCUCAGAGCUCAGUAAUGCUUCUUCUCCUCCAGCUCCUUUCACCUGGGCUCCGAGAGAGAGAGCUGGCAAGGAGAGCUUUUAAAGCAGUAUAAGUGGGACCUUAAUUGGUUCCAGCUGUCUCCAUUAGUCUAACAGCCUUAACUGACCCUUUGUCAGUUAAUUGAGGUCAGGUGCCGGCAUUAGCCUAACAACCUUAACUGGUUAAGUUGGCUUCAGGUGUCUGGAUUGGCCUGGAGUAGCCCUUGUUUGGCUAUCCAUGGAACAGGGACCUGCUCAUUCUGAGGCUGAUCUACCUGCCUUCCACUACCCUCUUAUAUCCUUCUGGCCUGAGUCCGUCACAGUACAUAGUGUAGAUAGUACUUGGAGGAAACAGGGUUUAUCCCCUUCCCUCCUCCCCAGUACCAGGGCCCAUGCCCAGGUCUCCAGCUUUCAAGCCUUGCUCGGCCUGUCUCAAGCCGAUGCCUAUGGGAGACCCCCACGACUCCUUGAAGUGCUUGGUGGAAUCCCAUCAAUCAGAUAAGUGUCGCAUUUGCAAGGCUUUCAAGCCUCGGACAAAAAAGGAGCGGGACUUUCGUUUAAAACAGCUUCUAAUGGAAGCGGCACUUAGCCCGGUGCCCUCAGCACUGCACGCGCAGACAAGGCGCCGUUGGUCCGAAGCACGCCUCCGGCACCAGAACGACCCAGCACCGGCACCAGCACCACCUCCAGCACCGGUACAGAUGCGACAUCGUUCGCUGUCUCUGCGGCCCAAGAAGCAGCACAAACCACCUGCUGCUCCUGUGCAGUUGCAGGCACCGCCUGUGCCCCUAUUGGAGCAACAGCCUGGGCCGGACUGCCCCGUGAAGGCUCCAACUCCGGCACCGUCGAUUCCGGCGCUGCAAGAGCCAUUGAGUCCGGUGCACACAAGCUCCCCGGUGUGCACCGUGGCUGAGCUUGGCCUGCCGUCCACUCCAGAGGCCUUCUCCACCACUUGCAACCUGAUUGCGCUGACUGAGCCUGGACCGUCUCACCCUCCAGCACCGCCAGUGCGGACUGUUCCAUCCAUAGGGAAACCCGCCUUCAUGCGACCUAAUUUCCAAGUAAUUUUAUUUUGAUGACAAGUUAUGGAAUAAACAGCUUGCAAAGUUAUGCAGGCUUUGAGUAUAGUGUAACGUAAUGUCUGAACUCUAGAGUUUUCAUACACUUAAUUUUAAGAAUCUGAUCAUUUAAGUGAGAUAGGCAGUCCUCACAGUAACAAAAAAAAAAUCAAUUUUUUAUUUUAUAACUUAAUCAUACUUCCUGGAAAACACUCUUUAUUCCUGUUUCACUGUUCUAUCAAAGUGUAUAGGUGCCUUACAAUAAAAUCUAGUACGGAGGGGAGGGCGGACAGGUGCAAGGUAAAAAGUUUGGGAACCACUGCUGUAAACCUUAGGCUCCAGCAACAGGGCAAGAAUUAUAUGUGAGGAGCCAUUAGCUUAGCAAUUGUACAAUAUACACUUUAGCAUUCAAACAAUAACUUUUUUGGGUAAACAUCAAUAUAUCUAGCUCUUUGUUUCUGAAAUAAAGGUUUCCAGUACUUAAUUUUGAAUUGCAGCAGAAAUGUACUCUACAUAGUUUGAUGCACAUGGUGCAAUAUUUCUUUGGCACUUUGUUUUGUUGGGAAUGAUUUAAAAGAAAUAGUAUAAUAAAAUUAUAACCUCUUUUAAUUU